AUGAAAAGCUUUAAUCUUCGCUCUAUUUGUUUGGGUGGGAAUGAUCAUGAGGGCGUUGAGAUUUUUGAUGUGCAAUGUGACAACAUGCGCUGUACCGCAACCGUUACUAGUAAUGCUGCACGCCUCAUGGAUCUGAUUGGUAACCUAUGUAAAUUGGUUACCAACCCAAAUAGUGGCACAAGACUGAGGGUAUCCAUGGACAUGAUAUGGGACAAGCUAGUUGAUGAUGAUGCCAAGGUCGACCCUCCUGUUACUCUUCAGUUCUGUUAUGAGCAUUUUUGCAUCAUCUAUCAUGUUAAUCCUCCAGAUAAUUUUCCCACGUCUUCUCUGGAGAACUUCUUGAAUCACGAUUGCAUAGAUUUUUUCGGCUUCGAAAUGAAGCCCAAAGUCGAAUAUCUUCGUCGGGCAUACAACCUUGUUGUGAAAAACUGGUUUGAUAUCCCAUCUGAGGCCCGUCUUUCAAAUCCAGCCAGGUUUGGUGACAAGGUGGAUUUGUCUCUACAAGAAAUGGUAUCCAUGGAUUUCUCAAGGGAGUAUUCAAAGGCUACUGACCUUCUUCAGAGCAACUGGAGGUCGAGUAAACUUUCUACUGAUCAAGUAAUAUACGCGGCCCUAGAUUGUUAUUUUGCCUACAAGUUUGCAGUUCGGGUCUCAAUUUGUCCUCGUUCAGAUUAG